AUGUUGUUCAUGAAGAAGAGUAUGAAGCUUCUGGCACACGGUGCCACAUAUCGGAAGUGGACCUUCACGCUUGCCGACUAUUUUUCCAAGCGAUUCUUUCGUAUUUACCCGUUGUUCGCGUUGGUGGCCACUGUGCUGUGGAUGCUUCCCCAUGAUGUUAAGCGUGGACUAUUCCGCGUUGAGAAACCGGAGAGCUUCGAUCUUUACAGAGUGCUCACGUUCGACUUUGAUCAGCGUUUCUUCGUGUUCUGGACACUGCCAUUAGCGAUUUGCUAUUAUCUCUUCAUCCCUGUAUUCGUGCUAGCGGUGCUAAAACUACGGAGCUAUUGGUGGAUUCCGUUUAGCUCGGCCUACUGUUGGGUCAUGUACGAGGGCUGGUACACAUUUCGCUGGAGUCACAUGGGAUUAGCGCCUCACUUUCCAACGUUUCUCGCUGGCUCACUGGCUGCGGUCAUUUUCGUUAAACUGGACAUUCUGAGCUUUCGAGGACUCUUUUUCUACUGGAUUCACGCCAACAUUGCACCCCAGACGGCAGGCUUCCCAUUCAUCAGCGUCCUUUUGACCGUGAUAUUCGUGAUUGAUAUACUUCUGCCAUCCUCUCUGUCUGUAUUUUUUGAAAACAAUGCUCUUCGACACUGCGCUACUACGACCGAAUAUUCUCUACCUUUGGCCUCACGGUGCUAG